GAACUAUAAUACCGGUUUUUUUCAAUUUAACAUUAAUAAUGAUAGCAACUUUUUCUACAAAAUCCAAUCGAGUCAACAUGGCGGCGCAAGAUGAAGUUGACGUCUGUGAAAGUUGGGAGGAUAUGGACGAAAUUGGCUUAGACCAGAAGAUAAAACUUAUGUCCAGCCUCCCUUCAGCAACAACAUUAAAAUCUUGCAAGGUUACAAACGUAAUAGUUGAGGAUAGCGCGUGUAUUGGGUCUCAGUGCAUAAUGCCAGAACCAGCGAUACGUAUAUUGAAGAGGCCUUCGUCAACUGGCAAUGGUCAGCUAAAUGGAGAAAAUCGCGCCAGGCCUGUAAAAACCUUGGAACAAAGACAAAAGGAGUAUGAACAGGCUAGGCUCAGAAUACUAGGGGAAGCCAGAAGCCCAGAAGACGUCAUCGACGAUAACCUAUCCCGCCUACAAGACAAAUUACAAGCAAAUAACUUAAACGAAAGUAAAGCAAAGAACUGUCAAAAUGAAACCAAAGUGAAGGAAAGAAAGGUGCUAGCAAGAAUACCUGGUGCUUCAGGUAUAUUUCCAUCUCCUCCACCACCUGGUGUCUUGGUGAUACGUACACCUAGGGGUCCUGAUGGAACCAAAGGCUUUGUACGAAGGUAGCAUAUAUUUACUACUGUAAUUUUUAUAUAGUGACUGAAUUGUUGAGCCCAAUAUUUUACAAUUUCUACAAGUUUUUUUUAUAAUUUAAUUCAUAUUUAUUACUUAUGUUUAUUAUAUUAGGCUAUAACUCCCAUAAGUCUAAGACAUUAUAUUUUGACAUAAGGGAGUCAUAGUUCAUGCUAAAUCUAGACUGUGAAUCUUAAUGAGGGAUGCCCUAUGCAAAAUAAAUAUCAAAUUGAAUGGCUUCAGAUAUGGAAGGACUAAUUUAAAUCUGUAUAAGUUUAGAGUAUACUCUACCUCAAAUAUCGCUAUUGACCUUGAAUAAGUAAUAGUUAAACUGUUGUUCCUUUCUUGUGGCAUUGUCUUUUAAAGUGUCUAUCUUUGAUGCUGACUGUAUGUUAAAUAAUAUAUUGAACCUAUGUGAACCUGUUAAGUGCUUGAAGAUAGUAAAAGAAAAUUUUUCCAAGUCUUGUAGAAAUUGUAAAAUAUUUAUUGUGUAAGUACAUUAUUUGGGAACAAUUACAUUGUAAUGUUACAAUAACAAAUAGUUAUUGAUUUUUUUACAAUUGUACGUCUGAAUGACAUGUGCCUGCUAAUGUUAUUAAUAUUUAAACCUCAUUUGUUAGAAUUGAUAUCCUGUACUUUUUGUAUAAGAAAGGGUUUAAAGUUAAAUAAGGAGAUCCAUACCAUGUGUUACUUUAAUGUUGCAUGGUAACAAUUUGAGAUGUGUAUGAAUACAUCAAUAUUCUAAAGUCAGGUAUUAUUCAUAAAAUAUCCAUAUACAUAAAAAUUAUAUAGGUAGGA